CAAACCAAACCAUAAAAAAAAUAAACUCGUUUCCAUCCAAGUUUGUAAAUUGUAGUGUGUAUGUACUAACUAACGGCCAUAACUGAAGUUUUGUUUUAGCUUCCUAUGUGUAUAAAUAGAUGUGGUUCUUCCCAUGGCCAAAGGGCCUAAAAUCUCUCCUCUUAGCUUCUAAACACAGGGACUCCAUAGUUAAAAUCCACGCUCUCAUGGUCGUAUCUGGAAUCUUCAGCAUUGGAACUUCCAAUGGCCAACUAUUAGCAUCGUAUGAUAGAAUUGGGGAGCUUGAAUUGGCCCGUAAACUGUUCGAUAAAUUACCCCACAGACGUGUAGAUGUUUGGAAUGCUAUGAUCAUCGCAUAUUCACGUAAAAAUUUCCCAGUUGAAGUUGUGAAUCUUUAUCGCAAAAUGAAUUUGGAAGGAGUUAGACCCGAUAGCUCCACUUUUACUCUGGCACUCAAGGCUUGUACCAGCUUGUUGGAUUUGGAAAUGGGUGGAGAAAUUAGAUGCCGAGCGGUUGAAUGUGGAUAUGAAUAUGAUAUAUUUGUUGGGUCUUCUCUUUUGAAUUUGUAUGCCAAGUGUGGGAAGAUGGAAGAAGCAAUGGGAGUCUUUGAUAAGAUGCCAAGAAGAGAUCUUGUUUCUUGGACGACAAUGAUAACAGGUUUUGCUCAGAUUGGUCAUGCCAGUGAAGCAAUUAAUGUUUACCGGCUGAUGCAAAGGGAAGGAAUGGAAGGUGACUGGGUUGUAAUGCUAGGAUUGGUUCAGGCUUGUGCAAAUCUCGGGGACUCAAAGAUGGGUCUUUCUGUUCACGGGUAUAUGAUUAGAAGAGAUCUUCCUAUGGAUGUAGUUUUCCAAACCAGCCUAGUGGAUGUGUAUGCCAAGAUUGGACGUUUGGACCUUGCUUCUCGUGUAUUUGAGAAAAUACGUUACAAAAAUGUCAUUCCUUGGAGUGCUUUAAUUUCUGGAUAUGCUCAAAAUGGUUUUGCUGGAAAUGCACUUGAAUUGUUCAUAGAGAUGCAGAGUUUUGGAUUUAAACCAGAUUUAGUAUCACUCGUGAGUGCACUUCUAGCAUGUUCUCAAGUUGGAUUUUUGAAAUUAGGGAGGUCAAUACAUGGAUAUAUCGUGCGAAAGCUUGAUUUUAACAAAGUUUCAGGCACUGCUGUGAUUGACAUGUAUUCAAAAUGUGGAUCCCUUUCUUGCGCACGAGUCUUGUUUGAUCAGAUAAGUACUAGGGACUCAAUUUCUUGGAAUGCAAUGAUUGCUAGCUAUGGAAUCCAUGGACAUGGCAAGGAAGCCCUCUCACUCUUCCUCCAAAUGACAAAGACAAACUUGAAACCAGACCAUGCAACUUUUGCUUCUCUUCUUUCAGCCUUAAGUCAUUCAGGUCUAGUAGAAGAAGGUCGAUACUGGUUUGAUCUCAUGGUUAAUGACUUUAAGAUCCAACCAAGUGAGAAGCAUUAUGCUUGUAUGGUCGAUCUUUUGGCUCGAGCAGGACUGGUAGAAGAAGCUCAUGAUUUGAUAGGUUCCAUGACAAAUGAACCAGGGAUUGCUAUUUGGGUUGCUCUCUUAGCAGGUUGCCAAAUUCAUCGGAAGCUGUUGAUAGGUAAGAUGGCCGCAAAGAAGGUUCUUGAGUUAAACCCGGAUGACCCUGGAAUUUAUGCUCUGGUUUCGAACUUCUUUGCCACAACAAGGAACUGGGAAGAAGUAGCUGGGGUGAGGAAGGUCAUGAAAGAAACAGGGAUAAAGAAAGUACCUGGUUACAGUGUUGUGGAAGUGAGUGGGGAGCUCCAUGCAUUUGUUAUGGAGGAUAAGAGCCAUCCACAAUAUGAACAAAUUGUGAAAAUUUUGGAGAAGCUAGAACAAUAUAUGAGGGACAUGGGUUAUGACCCAAUACUGACUUUGUGUUGCACGAGCUUGAAGAGGAAGUCAAAGUGAGGAUGCUGUGUAAUCACAAUGAGAGACUUGCUUUUGGGCUCUAGAACAUAGCACCAGGAACUAGUUUAGUGAUCAUGAAAGACCUUAAGAGUUUGUGGUGGUGCUGCCAUGAAGCAACUAAGUUCACCUCAAAAAUUGUGAAAUGCGUAUAGAGAGACGUUGUGUAGUAUUUGAAGCAAUUUCAUCACUUCAAAGAUGGAGUUUGCUCAUCUGGUGACUAUUGGUAACAAAGGCAUGCAAAGGAUAGUGUUCGCUUUGCUAGGUUUGCAUCUCAACUCUCAAACCAAAGGUGUACCAUGCAAAAAAACAUUGUCACAUGCGAUAAGCUGAUGGCUGAAAGAUGGGGUGGAUAUUGCAACUUCAAAGGAAUGUCUUGAAGCAGCAUAACACCAAGAGACAAUGACUUAUAAUUACCUAAGCCUACCUACUAGCAUUGGCCCUUUUUCUUUCCAUGUGGCCUAGACGCACAGGCUAUGCUCUACAAACAAGGGUUGAGGGACCCUAAUACAAUCACUUCAAUUAAAGGAAUGAGUCCAGCAAAUGGAGAAGAAUAUACAACGAUGCUCAAGUAUUUAUAGCAACAGCAAUUGGUGGCUAUUGGAUGGCUCUCAAAGUCGUUUAGUUUGGCUAGUUUUUAGGAAACAAUUUUGAUUUGAAGUAUUCCUCUAUUUCCAUGAUCAGUUUAGGCUGUCAGACCUGUCCUUACAAUUCUAGGUUCUACUUCUGCAACAUUUGAAAAACAGUAAAUGAUAUCAAUUUAUUGUGUCAUGGAUAAGCCUUAUUUUCAGACAUGGGAGCAACCAAACAGGUAGCUAGAGAUCGGGCUGAAUUUGUAGAUUAUCGUCGGAUACCGGUUGGUAGGAAUUUUGUAAUAAUGGGAAAUGGAGCUCAAGAAGAAGACUUAGGAGUUGGUACCUUUCAGCUCAAGUUGCAUACUGGGCGCAACUUGCUCUUUCAUGAUGUGUUUCAUGCACCCACUAUUUGAUAUAAUCUGCUUUCAGUUUUAGCACUUUUGAAGUUAGGUUUUUCUUUCCAUUUUGAGGAUAUUAGUUUUGUCAAUUUAUCUUGGUAGAACGUUUUAUGGUCAUGGUAGUUUGAGGGAUGAUUUCUUUAUGUUAGAUUUAGAAUCAGAAUUGAAUAAUAAUUCCCUUAUUUGU